GUAAAUAGUAGGAUGAGGACAGUGAUGCUGUAAAACACCUACUACAUGUUAAGCACCAAUGCCUCGUCUCAUAAUGAAAACAUCCAUGAAGACAUCCCUUGUUGUAAGACUCAGAAUUUUGAUUGUGGAUGUGAUUUAGGCAUGGCUAAACAUACAGUUACAUAUGCACACCUUGCAGAGAGUGAACCACAAAAGCCUGAAGGUGAAGCAAGACAACAAUGAAAGGAAGAGCAAACGGGGGGAAAAAGGGAAAAAAAGACUUGGCUGAGGGAAGAAGCAACAUAUCAUUUUUCAUAAGUGGAGAUUCUAUGUUCUCCUACCCUGGCUCCACUCCAUAUUCUCAUGGCAUUCUUGAAUCCAUUGAAUUUGACAUUUCAAGCAUGAUGAGCAGCUGGGAUCCCAGAGUCUUUGUACUUUUUUCACUACUCUAUGGAGUCAAAGGUGAUUGUGGGCCUCCUCCAAAAUUGAAAAAUGCUGUUCCUAUUGAUGGAAGUCUUACAGAAAGCUUCCGUCCCCUCCAGUCAGUAAUCUACAAAUGCCUGGAAGGUUUUUAUAACAUCGAUGGAAAAGUAGAUGUUACAACAUGCCUUUCAGAUUCAACGUGGUCACCCAUAGAAGAGUUUUGUGACCCUAGGUGCCGAAAACCAAAAAGCUCAAAAUUUGCUGAACUGAAAGGAGGGGAAAGGAAGCAUUUCUAUCGUAUUGGGACCACAUUGACCUACAUUUGCCGCCCAGGUUAUAACAGCAUCCCUGGAAUCAGUCAACUUAUUACUUGUCUUGAGAGCAGGACUUGGAGUGCACUCCCAGUGUUUUGUGAAAGAAAAUCUUGUGGUCAUCCAGGAAAACCAAAAUAUGGUGAUGUUGUUAUACUAACGGAUCUCUUGUAUACGGCAAAAGUAACUUUCACCUGUGAGAAAGGGUACAAAUUAAUUGGAUCCCCUUCUACCAAGUGCGUACUGAAGGGAGAUAGAGUUGAAUGGGAAGCAAAACUCCCACAAUGUCAGCGGUCAACAGAAGGGACCACAGAAGAAACGGUUAAAAAAAAACCAGGAGUUAAAAACAUAGCAGCAAUUAUUGUUGGACUUUCACUUGGUGCUUUAAUUCUAGCCAUUGUGAUUAUAUUAGCACUGUUUUUCCUACUAAAGCACUUGAGAUGAAAUGCAAGCUUCUCCUUAAAAAGUGUUAAAUAUUCUACCUUGAGUUGAAACAUCUCAGCUAAGAAAAACUUCCUUACAUCAAUGAAAUACUGUCCAAGGCAAUUAUCCAUUUUUUAAUUUUAAAUGUCACAUGCAGAUCGAUCCCUUUUCAGUAAAGAAGAAGCAGUGCUCUUAGCCCAUGGAAGCUUCGGAUCUCACACCCCAUGUGUUUCCCAUGUGGAUAAAGGAGCCGCCAUUGAAUUUAGAUUCAAGGAUAAAAGGCAAUAAAACUGGAAGGAACCAAUUGUUUUUCCCUCUAUUUGGCCUACACAUCUUUCAGAACUGAUUCUGCUCAUAUGAUCCUGAUAAAUUCUGUGUGUUUUUCUUCUAACAUCCUGCCAUUGCUAACAUUCAGUGGCUGAAACCAUGUUCCAUAACUUACACCACAUAAGAUGAUGUCAUCAGCUGCAAUAACAUUUCAAAAACAUUUCCAGUUCCUUCCCACAUAGAUCCAGAGGCUCCCAUGGGAUCUCCUUCGUAAUGGAGGAGAUGUUGGGGGCUGCAGGGUGGGAAGGCUUUAAUUUUCAAAUAUUGCUGCUGACAAUUUUACCAGCAGUAGCAAUUUUAGAAAAUCGGAUACUUCCACGUGCCCUGCAACCUGGCAGAUUCCCCAUAAUGAAAGGGAUUUCACAGAAUCUUGGAAGCUUUGGGGGGGGGGGAAUUGGAAAUGUUGUAUUUCUGAAAAUAGUUCUGAUAUCAUCAGCCUUAGGUGGCAAAGCUCCACAAACAGGAUUUUAGACAGUAAAGUAUUCCUGUUUUUAUAGUUUGUGUGACCGGAUUUUCUUGCUGGAAAGUCAUCAACAGCCAUCAACAUCUCUUCGAGUUUGAAAGCUGGUAGUAUUUCUUUCAGAGACUUGAUGUGCUGUGGAAUGGAAUAUUACGUGCUUGCUUUUCUCCUUUUUAACUGUUAAAACUAUCCACAAUAAGAAGUAAUUGCUGAAAUUAAGUGUAAUGUAGUGAUAAGUGUGUGCCAUUUUCUACAGGAAAACUGACCCUCACGAAACUAUCAAUACCUUGCUUUUCUUGCACUGAAUUUAUGCACUAGAUGUUAGUAUUAUUCCAGCUGCUAGUUAAUUCUCAUCAAUUCCUUUCUUGAACAAUAGAAAUAGGAACUGAGAGUUAAGAUCUGACUUGAUAC